CAAUAUUAUCAGGAAGUGAAGAGGGCGGUGGUUGAGAAAAGAGCAGCAUCGGGCUAGCAGAAGUUUCGAGUUGUCAGGUAAACAAAAAAACAGUCAACAUGUCUAGCAAAAGAGCAAAGGGAAAGACCACGAAGAAGCGCCCUCAGCGCGCGACUUCCAAUGUCUUCGCCAUGUUUGACCAGUCUCAGAUUCAGGAGUUCAAGGAGGCCUUCAACAUGAUCGACCAGAACCGUGAUGGGUUUGUGGACAAAGAGGACCUCCACGACAUGCUGGCAUCACUGGGGAAAAAUCCAACUGAUGAGUACCUGGAGGCCAUGAUGAUGGAAGCUCCUGGACCCAUUAACUUCACCAUGUUCCUCACCAUGUUUGGGGAGAAGCUCAAUGGCACAGACCCUGAGGAUGUGAUCAGAAAUGCCUUUGCUUGUUUCGAUGAGGAGGGAGCAGGCUCCAUCUCGGAAGAUUACCUCAGAGAUCUGCUCACAACAAUGGGUGACCGAUUUACAGAUGAGGAGGUGGACGAGCUCUUCAGGGAGGCCCCCAUCGACAAGAAGAGCAACUUCAACUACGUGGAGUUCACGCGCAUCCUAAAGCACGGCGCCAAGGAUAAGGACGAUUAAAGAGCCAUACCAGCAGAUUCCUUUUCACCCUUUUUGCCUCUUUCUUCAGAUCACCGUGCUGCAUGCCUCAACUCUCCAGUAUAAACCCCAUUUACCACCAAAGCAAUAAAUAUCCAAUCUUGUUUGUUGUGAACUUCCAGUUUUGCCAAAUGUACACAUCUCCAAUGAGAAGAUAAAUCUAAGAGGCUGUAAAAUGUUUUUCCUGUCAUGUAAAGAUGUGAAGUGGCAGCGCCUUGGAAGCUCUAAGGGAAAUGUCUUUGCAGUUCAUAUGAUCAGGUUUAGAUGCAUUUUUACAUUUUAUAAGAUAAACUUUUUAAAUAAAGCCCUCUAUCAAGUUGUAUUAUGCCUACUGUUUCCCUUCUAUAAAUGACAACUGAAUUACA